AUGAGUUAUCAAAUGAUGGGAUUUUGAGAACGACCAACCACCAAAAUAUUAAAAGGUCAUAGGUAUGAGAUCCGAUCUCUAUCACUUUCUCCAUGCGGACGAUUUCUUGCCUUAGAUAGUUUUAUUGAGUCAAUAAGAACUUGGGAUAUUGAAAAUGAGGCAGAAAUAGGCAGAUGCAACGUGACAAAAAAUAUUAAAAGUGUUUGCUUCAGUCCUUAUGGGAAAUAUUUCGCUUUUGUUAAUGAUUGAAAGUUGUUUUAUGAGAAAUAA